CAAAAUUAAUCAAUACAUUCAAAUUUCAAAAUGCAAAUUAAAUUUUCAUUUUUGUUCUUUUUCUUUGCUCUUCCCCUUGUUUUAGCUGAUUUGAGAGUUGGUUUUUAUCAAUCAACAUGUCCUCAAGCUGAAUCAAUCGUACUUCAAGUGAUCGGAAAUCGGUUUAAGUCUGAUAAAUCCAUAACUGGAGCUCUACUUCGAUUGCAGUUUCAUGAUUGUUUUGUUAAAGGUUGUGAUGCGUCGAUCCUGAUCGACCCAAAACCAACCGACCAAACCCAACGCGAGAAACAAGCCGGACCCAACCAGACGGUUCGAGGAUAUGAAUUGAUCGACGCGAUCAAGACAGCUAUAGAAGCAGUGUGCCCUUCAAUGGUGUCGUGUGCAGACAUCAUAGCCCUAGCAACAAGGGACGCUGUUGCCCUAGCAGGAGGACCCAGAUACACAGUUCCGACAGGCAGACGAGACGGUCUAGUUUCCGACAUAGCCAACGUUAACUUGCCCGGACCACAAUCUACAGUUCCACAAGCAUUUCAAAUUUUCCGAUCAAAGGGAUUUACAGUCCCCGAAAUGGUGACACUUUUAGGUGCACAUACAGUUGGUGUUGCUCACUGCAGUUUCUUCCAAGAACGCGUUUCGAAUGGCGCUUUUGAUCCGAAUAUGGACCCUAGUUUAGCUGCAAAUCUCAGUCGGAUAUGUUCUUCUUCGAAUUCUGACCCGGCUGUGUUUUUGGAUCAAAGCACGGGGUCUACAUUUGAUAAUGAGUAUUAUAAGCAGUUGAUGAUGAGGAGAGGGAUACUGCAGAUUGAUCAACAGCUUGCCAUUGAUGGAUCAAGUGCGGGUAUCGUUUCGGGCUUUGCACGAAACGGGCUAGGGUUUACGCAGAGCUUCGCAAGUGCAAUGGUGAAGUUGAUAACUUUUGAUGUUCUUGUUGGUAAUGCUGGUGAAGUUAGAACAAAUUGUAGGGCUUUUAAUACCCCAAAAACAACAGCUAAUCCGACUGUUAAUUCUCCAAAUCAAUCCACUAAUUCUACCGUUAAUCCUCCACAAACAGCAACUAAUCCUACAUCUAAUACCCCACAAACAGCAACUAAUCCAAAGCCAGCUGAGAAAAAGAGACCACCUUUUUUCUUUAUAUUUUAAGUGAUUAUUUUAAUUAUCUACAUAUUUCUUCAACACAAUUUUUUUUGUUUUCUGAUUUCUGUUACCAAUUUUUAUAGAUUCCUAUGCAGGAAUUCAUUUGUGAGAAUCAAAAUGCUGUAUUGAUUUUUGUAUUCUGUUCUGUUCUUGCAUUUUCAAGAAGAAUAUAUUGGCAUUAUUACAUAUUUA